AUGGCGUUGCUGCAAGGGCGAGCAGAAUUUGUGAGGGCAAAGGUUAAGAGUGGAAGAGUAGAGAUACGCAGACCUUUCCUGGAAGGACUUAUCAGAAUUUCCAGGGAAUUUUAUAUUACACGGCAUUCUAACCUCUCAGAAAUCCAUGUUGCUUUCCAUCUUUGUGUGGAUGACCAUGUGAAAUCGGGAAACAUCACUGCUCGUGAUCCUGCCAUUAUGGGACUCCGAAAUAUACUCAAAGUUUGCUGUACCCAUGACAUCACAACAAUAAGCAUUCCUCUCUUGCUGGUACAUGAUAUGUCAGAGGAAAUGACUAUACCCUGGUGCUUAAGGAGAGCGGAACUUGUGUUCAAGUGUGUCAAAGGUUUCAUGAUGGAAAUGGCUUCAUGGGAUGGAGGAAUUUCUAGGACAGUGCAAUUUCUAGUACCACAGAGUAUUUCUGAAGAAAUGUUUUAUCAACUUAGUAACAUGCUUCCCCAGAUCUUCCGAGUAUCGUCAACACUCACUCUGACAUCCAAGCACUAAACCCUUAUAGAUUGACCUGCUGGCAGAAGAUGAUUGUUAAACUCUCCAGGAACUUGUGCUAUGCUGGGAAUCUGUCAAGCAAAAGAUGCCCAGAAAGACAACUUGCAACUCAAUCCACAAAUCAAGAUACAUGUCUGUGAAACCAUUCCAAAAAUUUAUAUACUGCACAAACUAGUGAUCAACCCCUAACUUAAACACUUAAAGUCUAUGAAUUUCUCUUUUUUUCUUCUCUGUGUUACCUGUGAAUAUUAGUAAUCUAAAACUUUUUAUUUAUCACACAUGGACACUUGCAAAAGGAAACUUGAUUAUAUUUACAUGGAGGCAUUUGACUUUUUCAAGAGGCUUAACUCGUCUCAGGUGCAAGCCUUAAUUAAACAUACAAACAAAAUCUUCCUUUUACUUUAUUUGCCAAAACAAAAUUUAAAAGCACUGAAAUAUACAUUGCAAGUACAAAUUUCCUGUGAAAAUCUUUUUAUAGAAACACAAAUGUAUAAGACAAAUGUGCUUAUUCUUUUAAAUUCUCCUGUUUCAGAAUCCUCUUUUUAAUCUACUCCUUCUGAAGAUGUACAAGUUAGAGUCAGAGGACGUUUUGGAUUUUUUCCCUCUCUCUCAUCCUCCCUCUGUGACCUUGCACUUGCAUAUUAAUAACAUUUCAUGGACUAGGAAAUAGUGUUCUUUUUUGCAAGCUUGAUGUCAAGUUAGUCUAAACCAGCACCUGGCAGUAUUUUAGUGCUCAUCAACAUUGUGACAAUCAGACAAGGAAAAUCAUUUUUAUAUUUCUGUCCUCCCUGCGUUCUCAGCUUGCUUAACCAUUCCUCUACCUCUUGCAUUUCUUUGCGGAUAAAUGUAUCCCCAUUUCUGCUUCUCUGUUUCCCCUCCUUUUCCAUUGUUUUUCCUGAUGGUACUACUUUCUCAGGUGCUACAUAUCAUGUAUUUGUCCCAUCUAUAACAUAUUUGCUAUGAGUAGUAACUCCAUUAAACAAAGGCAUUUACAAAAGCACAUGAGUGUUUAGAAAAGCAAUAGUUUCAUCAGUUCCAAGUUGUGUGGAUAUUGUAACUGGACACAAGAAUGAAAUGGAGGGCAUUUGGUGUCAUAAGAUGGCAUGUCUUGAUGACAAGAAACAAAACGCCCUUCAUUAAUAUGCCUCAGCGUAAUUAUUAUUGAAAGUCUGUUGGCAAGCAGAGUGCUUUCCUAUAACAGAAUUUGUCUUAAUUUUCUACUCAAGGAAAAGGUUUGUCCAGGUAACAACACUAAAGACAACCCUAAGGAGAACACCCACUCCAGCAGUAUGUCCAUUAGACACAAACUCUCCAAAUUAUUUGUCAGGGAGCCUGGCGAUUCUGCCAAGAAGGCAGGUGUUUUGCCCUGAGAACCUAUACAGUUCUCUUGGAGAAACUGUCUUUCGGGCACCAGUGUUAUCGCUGAGACUGAUUCUAAUGCAAAGCAGAGAAGACAGAGGCAGAAACCAGGAGAGUGGUAGAUCAGUGCAGCCCAGGUAUCAGAAUGGAGGAGCAAAGUUUCAUUCACGGAUGUUUGUUGGAUGCUGCUGCCCAGCUCUUCCUUUGUCACCUCUAGGCUAUUCCACUAAGUUACUUAUAAACUGGUGGCUUUAACUGAGGGCUGUGUAAAGGUACUAUUUGGCAUAUGAAAUCAGGAUAAAUUUAUCGAAUGUCCGUUUUUCAUAUUCAACUGUGUUAUAGAAGUAGUAAAAUUGGAAAAAUCAUGUUUAUGGUGUUACCACUGAUGGAAACACGCAAACACCAAGCUAAUAAUAUAUAACUUAAAAAGCUAAUUAUAUGCACUUAAAUGGUGAGAAUUUUAGCGAUGCAGUAAUUGAGGAGUCUGGAGUUUUGUAUUUGGACCAAGAAUUAUGAGAUGAGGAUCUUUUUCUGAGUGUUCUAAAGGGCUUCUUGGAGGGGAGUGGUUUAAAGCACUUCAUGAAUGGUGUAAAGAAGGUACCUUAGGCUGAGACCUCAUUCUAGGUACAGGUGGCACUCUGUUCAACCAACUGUGGAUGGAAAAUAUUCUGAAAAAAAUACAACAAUAAAAAUUUUAAAAAUACAAUAUAA